GGGAAACUACAAGGACGGUGGAUCCAGUGAAAUACUAUAAAAUGGAAUGGCACUAUGAAAGGAAAUCAGUUGAUACGGUGCGGUGAAAAUAUGAAAGCCUACAUUGCAGGAGUUUUCCUUCUUGUCCUCGUGGCACUGUGUGGAGCCGGCAAUAUCGGCUACAGUAGCUUCGGCGGAUUGGGUGGAUAUGGCGGAUACGGAGGAGGCUACGGAGGGUACGGCGGAUUCGGCAACGGAGGCUGGAGAGGAUCUGGAGCUGGAGCUGGAUCAGGAUACGGCUGGAGAGGAGGCUACAGCGGAUACGGAAGACCAAGCUACUCAGGAUGGUCCGUCUACAAUGGACGCGGCUACGGUGGAUGGUAGUGACUUUAACUCACGAUGACAAACAAUAAAAAAAUUAACACAUCCAGGAUAAUUAAUUGAUAUAAAAUACAUGAAAUUGUUUGUAAAAAAAUAUAUUUUUUUAAUAUAAAAAAUAGCUUUUCCUUUUAAAUAAAGAGUCAGCU